GGCAGCAUAAUAAUGCAGGCUGAAGCUCAGUGUGGGCCCUCAGACGGUUGGAGCGCUGCUUGCGCGUGUGUCAGAAAAACUUUAGGUUGGCCCGGCGGCAUCGGCCUGAACGAGGCAUCUUUCUUUCUUUACUCCGACAAACCUUCAGGGGCCUUUUAGCAUUUGUUCAGUCUGAGGUUUCUGGAAAACAUCAGAUUCAUUUUUUUAACAAGUCCCAGAUGCGGUAGCGUGAGAGUGUGUGUGCCUGAGCGCGGCGGUGUCAGCGCGCGAGAAUUUGGGGAGAAUAUCUGCAGCCUGAAGUAGGGGAGGGAAAGAAGAAACGCGUGGAUUUUUUUUCUCCAUAACUUCUUAGGUAUGAACGCAGAUACGUGCGUCUCAUACUGCGAUAUGACAUCGAUGGAUUCUUAUUACAGUGCAUCUACUGCGCAAGGUAGAGAUCACCAGACAAACCCUUUCAGGACUUUCCCAACCACUGAAACCAAAUACAGCCCCACUUUCCUUCCUGGUAAAGGGCAGGCUUACGGGGAGAAGCCGAGGAGUCCUUUCCAGCCGGAGUGCCACUCACUGGAUGGCGCUGAAGAGAGCAGCUUUAACAAAUAUCAGCUCUUCAUGCAGCGGCCGACCUGCAAAACUCCCCCUGAAGGCGGCAAGCUGCACCUGGACAGCGCGCACAACGGAACGCUCAUUCCCUGCUACGGUAAAGACAACAGCCUGACUGAGUCUGAGUUGCCUCCCAGUGUUGAUCCUCCUGGGAUGGAGGGGAGUUAUCUGAAUCUAAAGGAACCAGGCCUGAAGGGGUCAUCUGAGCGUCCGGGGUCAGAACUCUCCAGCCCUCUGGACAAAAGUGAGGCUGAAAGCAACAAAGGCAAGAAGAGGCGCAACCGAACCACCUUCACCAGCUACCAGCUGGAGGAGCUGGAGAAGGUUUUCCAGAAGACGCACUAUCCAGAUGUUUAUGCUAGAGAGCAGCUGGCUUUGAGGACGGACCUGACAGAAGCUCGUGUUCAGGUGUGGUUUCAGAACCGCAGAGCCAAGUGGAGGAAGAGAGAGCGCUUCGGCCAGAUGCAGCAAGUCCGCACGCAUUUUUCAACUGCUUAUGAAUUGCCUCUUCUUACCCGGCCUGAGAACUAUGCACAGAUCCAGAAUUCGUCCUGGAUAGGGAGCAGCAGUGGAGCAUCUCCAGUGCCAGGCUGUGUGGUACCUUGUGAUACUGUUUCCUCCUGCAUGCCACCUCACCCUCAUGGUCCUGGGGGUGUCUCUGACUUCCUGGGUGUUCCCAGUCCAGGAAGCAGCCACAUGGGACAGACACACAUGGGGAGCCUGUUCGGGGGGGCGGGAAUUAGUGGGGGCAUCAACGGCUACGAUCUCAACGUGGAUCCGGACCGCAAGUCCUCCAGCAUAGCUGCACUUCGUAUGAAGGCCAAGGAACACAGCGCAGCCAUCUCCUGGGCUACAUGAUGUUCCAACACAGUUCCACCCUGCCCCCCAACACGGCUCCAUCUGUGAGCGCUGAGGGGGCAGAGAGGGGUUUUCUGGGAGCACGAAUGAUAACGCAGGUCAAAUGAACAGGGAGACAUGGAGAUAAGAGAGGCCAAGAUAACUAUGAGAAUCAGCAGAUGCUAAAAUUGAGUGAAAUAUUGAUGAGUGUGUUACUCUACAGCUCACCCUUGAAAUCUUCAUAUCUCGUUUCUCACUAAUACAAAUGGGGUCUGAGGUCAAACACACAAAAACAAAUUGUGUAUCGUUAAUUUAUAAUAUUGAAUCUUGUCCAAAGAAACAUUUUUAUGAAGUAUCAGGAAUUGAAAGAUUGAUCAUUUUCUUUUUUUUUCAUAUUUUCAUCCCACCAUUCUUAUACUGUCCAUGCGCCGGCCACUUUAGACUUUUCUCAUGCAGACAAAUCCGUCUAAUUUUAUUUCUAAACAAUGUUUGCAUUUUGCAAGCUGUCUUGAAACAAGCCCCUUUCCCUUUGGGUGUUACCAAAUGCUUACCGAGGAUAACAGUUUAUUUUCUCUCAACUUCAAUUUCGAACUUAUAGUUACCACAGAAAACAAUCAUCUUGUUCGAGCCUGAUAUCCUACAGUAAUUUAUGUCCAUGCAAAUAAGCAAAGAAAUGUAAAACAAGGAAAGCCUAACCUUGUGGGAACAGAUGUGUGAGAGUGAACCAAGUUGUCACCUCCCCUCCUAAGGCUCCCCCCGCAGGUUUCCCAGCUUGGCUGAGGCUUCAGGUUACAGGAAACGGUGUCUCCAUACUUGCAGACGUGGGGUACCAAUGCACAGCAGCAAGCUUCAACACCAAUGUGACCCUGCGGCGUAUUAGCAUCACCCUAAAACACCACACACUUGCAAAAAUAAUCAGUUUGUAAUUUGUUAAGCAGAGAUGAAUGUGGGGAUUUGCUUCUUACACACAUAACUGACUGCAGAGCACGGAGUGGCUCCAGUGAGCAGCUUUCUGUCAUUUUUGGGUUCUAUUUUGACACUAAAGAACACUGCAAACACAUUUUGAGCUGUGAAUGAAGUCACAUCCAUUUGUGUUGCCAUUUUCACUCAGUCUUGUCACAAAAAUUGGGCUCUGGAACCGUUUUGGGGACAGUCUUUAGUAGUAGUUUGGAAGAUCUGGUGAUCUUUGGGUAAAUGUUAACCAAAAACAACCCCAACCUAAAGUCUUCAAAGUACAAGUGAGUAAAUCCAGUAAUAUUGUUUUUUCUGCAAAAAAAAAGUAACAAAAAAAAUGUAUUGAAGAUGGGGGAUUUUUUUUCCCAAAAGACUCACUCUAAUCAUCUUUUGAUCUACUGUAAAAGCAUUCCCAGCGGUCUUUUGAUCACGAUUAUGCCAUUUUUAGGCAAACCCUGAUCAUUUUUAGGCAGUAUUCCCCUCCCAUUUUCCAUAAUCCAUCUGUUUACAAACCCACUUGCUAGUUUAGAACCCCUUACACCCCCAAUCUGACAUUACCGGUUUAACAAAAAUGGCGGGCAAUAUCAAAGCUUUCCAGCCUUACUAUUUUGAGCCAGAUUCCAGCUCAGAGGAAUAAAAUGAAGACGUAUCUGGAUUCAGUCGUCUACAUGCAGAUGCCUCAGAAUGGAGCAGAGCAUAGAGUUUGUGGCUUUCCAUGGUAGCUUCUACACAACACCUACAUGCUUUUUCAAAUGUUAUUUUUUCGUCUGCUCCUGAUUCACAACAAUUUGAGUAAAGAAAUCCUCAAAAUUGCAAUUUUAAGCAUCAUUUUCUUUAUAUAUGUCCUACUUCAUGACAAAAAUGUCACAAAAACAUGUUAAAAACAUUAGAGAAAACUAUUUUUGUUGGAGUGGGUUUUCAAAGUUGAUCCAUAACCAUCAACUGUUUAUGAACACGAUCCUUUCCCCAACACGGAAAGUCCCCAAAGUUCAUGUAAUCAGUGAAAAAUAUGGUGAUGAUAUGAUAGCUCAGACACUCAGGAGUGCUUUAUACACAGGGUUUGGACUCUGUCAUAAUAAUGUCAGCAAACAAAAAAGACAAAUGACUAAAGAUAUAAAAGCUCACUACUUACAUAUUAAAAAAACAUGCAGGCAGAAUAUGGUAAGAAUGAAGUCAAUUCCUAAGAAUUGAAUGUGUAAGAAAAGUGUUUUGGGUCCGUCCUCUGAGAUCCACAGAUCUGCAGCUCUUUUAAUGUUUGUACUACUGAAAUAAAGCAACUGAAGCGCCUGUUUUUAAUAUUUUUGUGUAUCACACGAAUGUGAACAAUAUAAAUGAUAUUGUUCGAUUGCUUGUACAUUUGUUCUGCUUUUAUUUUGUUGUAAUAAAAUACUUCCAGAGGUAAAUAAUGAAGUAUUGCAGUAAUAAUGCCAAGAAAUGCAAAUCUCUGUUUGAAAAAGUUGAGCUGGAGUUUUACCAGGAAAAUACCUAUUUUGUUUCAUGGUUAUCGCUUUAAGCAGCUUUUUUUUAAUAUUAAUCAACUAUUUCUACAUUUAAAUGUGCAAGAUGAUGCAAUAAGUUAUUGCACUUACAGUGGUUUUUUUUUAUAAUUCCUGGGACAGUUUUUCUUCUCUCAUGAGGUUUGGUUCCCAACACCAGCAGUCAAAAAUUGACUAUUCGUCCAUCCAUGAGCAUCAUUGAGGUCUUCUCAGGUGCCUGACUUUCUGUGCGCAGAACUGAUGUCUUCAUUUGUCAAUGUAUGUUUUGGAAAUGGAAAAUAAAAUAAACUGAACUCCAA